AUGCUAGAGCAAAAUCGUAUGGACGUACGCUUCCAUUUGGAAGGAACGCCAUAUGUCGCCGACGACACGAUAGGCACCGGCGCUUACGGGGUCGUUUGUAAGGCGAAGCAUUUGCCUUCACAACGAGCCGUGGCUAUCAAGAAAAUUCCCCGCGCUUUUGCAGCGCAUACGCUUGCGAAACGAUCGUUACGUGAAGUACGUAUCUUACGCGAAUUACGACAUGAGAAUAUCAUUGCUGUACUGGAUAUGUUCACCGCCGAAGGGACACAUGGUCGUGACAUCUACAUGGUGAUGGACCUCAUGGAAACCGAUCUGCAUCAGAUCAUUCAUAGCAGGCAGACUUUAGUGGAACAACACUUCCAAUAUUUCCUCUAUCAACUUGUUAGAGGGCUCAAGUACUUACACUCAGUGGGUAUAGUACAUCGUGACCUGAAGCCAUCAAAUUUACUUGUGAAUGGCGAUUGUCUGCUGCGUAUUGCCGACUUCGGAAUGGCCAGAUCCACGGACCAAACGCAUCAAAAAAACGACAAAUUCCUUACGCAGUAUGUAGCUACGCGCUGGUAUCGUGCACCCGAGCUUCUCUUCUCAAUGAUUGAUUACGACACCAAAGUAGAUAUGUGGUCAGCCGGUUGCAUAUUUGCUGAAAUGAUUAUGCGCAGGCAGAUAUUCCCUGGAAAGGAUGGCGUUUCACAAGUUAAAAUGAUCGUUUAUUAUUUGGGUACUCCUGAAGAACGGGUUAUGCAACAAAUCACCUCCGACAUAGUACUCGGAUGGAUCGAGAGCUGUGGAAAGAAAGAGCCACUUCCAUGGCAAGCAAUUUUACCGAAGGCUACUCCAGAAGCACUUGAGGUUAUUGAUAGGCUUCUUCAAAUCUCCCCAUGGAAACGAUCUACCGCUGAAGAGGUGCUUGAGUUACCGUACCUCUCCGCGUACCAUGACCCGGCCUUUGAACCCACUUGUCCUAUUAGAGCACGAUUUGAUGCUGAUGCAAUUGAAGAAUUGCCAGUUGGGAAACUUAUCGAACAUCUUGCCAACGAGGCCAAUAUUUUUGACGCCAUUCGUGGGCCAUAUGCCACAAGGACAACACCACCGUCUCCCCUACCAGACGACAUCUGUCAACCAUCUACGAGCCACACCACGGAUCCAAGUGAUGAGAUCACUCCGCAUAGUUCACAGUCCUCGGCGUUUACACAGAUCCGUGGAAGUUCGGGAUCAGAAGACGCGUCAACGUCAACUACACCAAGAAUACGAGAUUCAGGAGAAUCCGAAGAAACCGUGCUUGAUAUGGAUACGAAUCGGUUAUCUCAAAUUGAGGAUUCAGUUGACAACACUCCAGACGGUAGCACAUCGAGUAUUGUUAACCCAGAAUUCAAACAGUACCUCCGUGACGGUACUGAUUGGCCAUUGGAUGAGGCUAGCACCAGUUCAGCACCGCCAACUCUUAAUCGAGAAAAAGAAACUCUAAAUCCCAAGCAAUCCCUUCGCAAUGCCCUAGAACGCAAAGUGCUCCUGAAAGAAGCGAGGAAUCGCGACGGAAGAGAUGCCCGACGAGUUCUUAGAACUAAAGAUCGAGGCAGACUAAUGAGUGACAUACCCGGCGAAGAAAAGCAGAACACAGAACAAUGGCUAUGUUUGAAACAUUGCGGAAAGUUGCGAGUGCGACCGUUAGCGCGUCGAGACAGCCGUGAUGGAUAUCGGAUACGUCGGCGGCAUCCGAGUGGAUGUACGCGGAAAUCCACAGAUUAA